CCUGCCCGGCGCCGUGCCCGGCUAGAUAUAAGUUAGGUUUUUGCUAUACGCUUAGGCGUGCCGGUGACGCGGCGGCUGCGGCAGCGGCGCCGGCUGCUCCUCGCCGGUCUCACAAUGUGGUUUCCAUUCGGCGCCGAUCUACGACUUGCAGCAGGUCGGCGAUGUGUUCACAGGUCCGGGCGCGAAGUGCUCGACGCUGCCGGCCAUCCUGGGCGGGUCGCUGCCGCGCGUGUCGGCGGAGCAGGCGGAGGCGGUGGCGCGGGCCAAGAAGUACGCGAUGGAGCAGAGCAUCAAGAUGGUGCUGAUGAAGCAGACGCUGGCGCACCAGCAGCAGCAGAUGGCGUCGCAGCGGACGCAGGUGCAGCGCCAGCAGGCACUCGCACUCAUGUGCAGAGUAUAUGUGGGCUCCAUAUCAUUUGAGUUGAAGGAGGACACGAUUCGCCAAGCGUUCCUGCCGUUCGGGCCGAUCAAGUCCAUCAACAUGUCGUGGGACCCGGUGACGCAGAAGCACAAGGGCUUCGCCUUCGUGGAGUACGAGAUCCCCGAGGCCGCGCAGCUCAGCCUCGAGCAGAUGAACGGCGUCAUGCUGGGCGGCAGGAACAUCAAGGUGGUGGGGCGGCCGUCCAACAUGCCGCAGGCGCAGGCCGUCAUCGACGAGAUCCAGGAGGAGGCCAAGCAGUACAACCGCAUCUACGUCGCCUCCAUCCACCCCGAGCUCACCGAGGAUGACAUCAAGAACGUGUUCGAGGCGUUCGGGCCCAUCACGUACUGCAAGCUGGCGUACGGCGCCUCGGCACACAAGCACAAGGGCUACGGCUUCAUCGAGUACGCCACGCUGGCGGCCGCGCUCGAGGCCAUCGCCUCCAUGAACCUGUUCGACCUCGGCGGCCAGUACCUCCGCGUCGGCCGAGCCAUCACCCCGCCCAACGCGCUGGCCGGCCCGCCGCAGCCCUCCGCCAUGCCCACCGCCGCCGCCGUCGCCGCCGCCGCCGCCACCGCCAAGAUCCAGGCCAUGGACGCCGUGGCCAGCAACGCCGUCGCGCUCGGCCUCACCACGCUCAACGCGCUCGGCCUCCCGCCGGCCGCCGCCCUGCCCUCGCUAGCCGCCGCGCUGCCCCUGCCCGCCGCGCUGCCACUGCCCGCGCUGCCACUGCCCGCACUCGCGGCGCUGCCCGCGCUGCCGCUGCCGGCCGCGCUGCCGCCCGCCGCCGCGCUGCCGCCGCCCGGCGUCGUGAUCCCCGCCGCGCCCGCGCCGCCCAGCCCGCGCGAGCCCGCCGCGCCGCCCGCCGACCCCGGCGCCGGCCAGCAGGCGGCGCUGCAGCGCAAGCUGCUCGACACCUCGCCCGACACGCUGCAGCAGCAGGAGUCGCUGUCCAUCUCCGGCCAGUCGGCGCGGCACCUCGUCAUGCAGCGGCUGAUGCGGCGGCGAGCGUCGCGCACGGUGCUGCUGUGCAACAUGGUGUCGGCGGAGGAGGUGGACGAGGUGCUGCACCACGAGAUCCAGGAGGAGUGCUCGAAGCACGGCCGCGUCGAGCGCCUCGUCAUCUACAACGAGCGCCAGAGCGAGGACGACGACCCCGUGCACGCCGACGUCAAGAUCUUCGUGCAGUUCGCCGAGCCGGACGAGGCGAGCGCGGCGGCGAGCGCACUGCACGGGCGCUACUUCGGAGGCCGCACCGUGCGCGCGGCGCUGUACGACCAGGACCUGUUCGACCACGGCGACCUGUCGGGCUAGCCCCGCCCCGCCCGCCCGGCCCCGCCCCCGACCCGCCCGGCCCCGCCCCCGGCCCCGCCCCUCCCGCGUCGGCGCCGAGCUCCCGACUCUCCUCGCUUAGGUUACUACGAUCCGGAUUCGGUUAAGUUUAAGUUCUGAUGUGAUAAUACGAGUUUAAAAUAAAGUAUCGCUCGUUAUUUA